AGAUGCAGCCUGUCGUAACGUUCGUGUUCUCAUUCCAGACUGCGGGUAUUUCCAGGACAGACGUCCUGCUGCUGACUGUGACCCUGACAGUGUGAUGAGGGCCUUGGUUGAAACAUGUCUGCUGGGAGCUGCUGAGCAAGAAGGUGAUGACACUGAGGAGACCACGGCUUGCAGAGAGGAGAGAGAAAACAUCCAUCAGACCAUCAGUGCAGUAAUGUAAUUCACACUUUGCACACGCCUACAUUGAAUUUUAAAGACAUGCGACACACAUGCAGGUUUAAUUGCAUGAGGGGAAAAAAUACUGACACUCAAGUUACGUCUCAUAACCUUAAAUUAUUCACUUUUUCAGCAGGAAAAUAAUUUUAGAUGAGUAUGACUUAAAAGCAAAUAUUCCUGCAUGUUGAAUAACAUAAAAGUUAUUGAUCCCUCACUGGGGAAAUGUACAUAUCACAGCAGCUGGAUACAGAUUAGGCAUGAAAAAAGCAGGACGGGAGGAAUUACAACAGUACAGUAAGACUAGAAAAAAUAGAUAUUAUUGUGAAGCUGUCAUAGAGAAAAGAUUCCAGGCAUGAUAGAACUUCUUAUCAUGUAGCAGAUUGGAUUCUUUCAAAUCUAUUAAAGGUAUUUGCUACAAGUACAUGAAUUUAGUAGUAAUAAUCCAUGAAGAUGUGCAUUAUGUUAAGAAAAGGUCACUUUUUGUGGGACUGUGUGGAUUUUGAGAAGAUGUGUAUGUAUUUAAAAAAAAAAUCUGUGCAUAGUCUAAAACAUGUAAACCUAGUCUUUCUGUUUAUUUUAUUUUGUAGCAUAUAUCAGUGUAUAAUUGAAGGUAUGUGUGCAUUCAUGUUGUCCACCAGGUUUACAUUGUCGUGGCAGCUAGUGUAUGAGAAAAGCCCGUUGUUGGAGACGUUAUGUUUCGGAGUGCUGUUUAGGAUCAGUGGUGUUUAUUUGUAGAGAAAAAGAAGUCGUCUGUUGAGAGCAGUUGGGAUCCACUACAUGUCAGUUUCAUUGGAAAAUUUCAUUGUUUAUAUUCUGAACUCUAAAUGUAUUUUGAUCUUUUAUCUAUGAAGCAGAAAUGGCUUCUGUAGUAACUGUUUUUUUAUGUGUAUGUCAUAAAAUGAAAGCACAGUUUGUACUUCCACCGGAGCCCCUUUUUAACUGCAUUUAUUUUAUUACAAAGCUACUUUAGAUUUUUUUAAUUUGUUAUUGACAUCGGUUUCACUGAUGACACACAUCAGUAAAUUAAUCAGUUUCAACUAGAAUCCUCUUAAAACAAAAUUGUGCCAUUUAGGGGGUAAAAUAUAUGAUAUGGAAGCUUAAAAUCCCUAAAAUUGCCUUUAGUUCCCUGUUUAUGCUGGACAGAAUAUAUGAAAAUGUGUGUUGAUGUGUGUGUUUAGUGUGAUGUGUUUGUACUUAACAUCCACAUUUACAUGCUAGAUUUAUGUUAUGUUGUGCAUAGCAUGUUUAGUGGCUUAUUGUGUGAGAACAUUAAGACGAUUAACAGAAGAAAUGGAAAUUCAGUAGACUUCCUUGGAUGUUUGGGGUUUAAAAAAAGAGUGGGAGGAAAUGGUAACAGUUCUGAGUAAUACAAAAUACUUUUCUCCUUUCAGUAAUAGGUGAUAAUGUUAAUCGUGCACCAAAUGGAUAAUCGCACAUUCAAAAUCUAGACCUGUAUUAGUAAUUUCAUAACAAUAGAUUUAAGAAAUCAUUCAAGUGAAAUGAGUCAAACCAAAUAGCCUCUGAUAGAAUAUUAGGAAAAAAGUCUCAUGGGUUGUUCACUAUAAGAUUGUGGAUGAGUAAAAGAUUGACUUCAGAAAAUGAAUUCUUAAUGAUCUGUGAACAGAUUUACCCGUUUAUUUUCCUUUUAUUUUAACUGCACAUGCAUGUGGCAUAUAUUCAGUUAAGUUUAGAUUAAGUUUGGUCUUUCAGCUCUAUUAUAUUACCCCAUUCUCCCCUACAGUUCUAAUAUGCAUUAUCUGCUUUAUUAGUAGUUUUCACCUUUCUUUGUCUUAUUUUUACAGCUGACAUUGUGUUCCAUUUAAUAUUUAGUGCAAUAAUCUAUUUGAUUUAAAUGAAGAGGAAGAACUGUGUCUUUGUUAUGAAAUCAAAGCAUUCUUAAUUGCCAUUACUGUCAUGUUUAGAGCAGUUUAAGUAAAUCACUUUUGAGUUAAACAGAACCACCAAUCAGAGGUGAGUGUGUUGAGUGAGAUUUAGAAGAAAUGGGACAAAAACAUCGGGACAAGAGAUGGAAUAUUAAUGCGGAACGAAAGUGGAAUUACAUAGAUGAUUAAAAAUGGCUCGACAUGAUUUCUGCUUUUCUCAAGUUUCAAACUUCUGUGCGCGUCUCGGGGCUGUGUGUCAGCGCUGAGUACCAGCUGGUGGUGCAUGUGGUCCCUGAAAAUCUGCUCUGCGCUCAGAGCAGCAGCAAAGACCAGCCCGACCGGAGCAGGACGCGCGAUCUGCACCGAGAGCGACUGUUGAGCUUCGUGUUUUAUCUCUUCUUAACAGGGAUGGGUUACAUUCUGGUCCUUUCAGUUUGACAUGUGGACGGGGCAAUGAAUAACACGACCGGCUGGGUACCGGUCGGAGCCGGCAGCCGGGAAGAGUUACCAGCGCACCGGGUUUUAACGGGCUGCGUCCUGGCGCUGCUCAUCGUUUGGACGCUUUUAGGCAACUUCACGGUGUGCGCAGCCGUUUACCGCUACCGGCACCUGCGCGCAAAAGUGACCAACAUCUUCAUCGUGUCUCUAGCUCUGUCGGACCUUCUGGUCGCCGUGCUGGUGAUGCCAUGGAAAGCUGUGGCUGAGGUGGCCGGUUUCUGGCCGUUUGGAAGCUUCUGUAAGACGUGGUUGGCCUGCGACAUCAUGUGCUCGACGGCCUCCAUCCUCAACCUGUGCGUCAUUAGCGUGGACCGGUACUGGGCCAUCUCCAGCCCGUUCCGCUACGAGAGAAGUAUGAACAAAAAGGUAGCCUCCGUUAUGAUUGGCGUGACGUGGACAGUGUCCCUGGUCAUCUCCUUCGUCCCCGUGCAGCUCAACUGGCACCGGGCGGAGAUCGGUGACCCGGCCGCGGAGGGUCUGGCGCACCAGGGUGGGAGUGUGGAUGGGAGCUGUGACUCCAGCCUGAGCCGCACAUACGCCAUCUCCUCCUCCCUCAUCAGCUUCUAUAUCCCCGUUGCGAUCAUGAUUGUCACAUACACCCGCAUCUACCGGAUAGCCCAGAUGCAGAUCCGGAUGAUAUCCUCGUUGGAGCGGGCGGCAGAACACGCGCAGAGCUGCCGCUCGGACGUACCUGAACUGUUUCCUCACCUGUGCACGGAAAUCGGUGCCAGCUCGUAUCAGUCUCAGAUCAGCCUUCAUUCGGAGUCUCAUCGUUCUAAUCAGUCACACCGCGAGCUCAGAGUCUCCAUCAGAAAAGAGACUAAAGUCCUGAAAACUCUGAGCAUCAUCAUGGGGGUCUUCGUCUGCUGCUGGCUGCCCUUCUUCAUCCUUAACUGCGCUCUGCCCUUCUGCCCCGGCCCGGGGGCUCCGGGGGCCCAGCGUGGCCCUUACUGCGUCAGUGAAAAGACCUUCGACGUGUUCGUGUGGAUCGGCUGGAGCAACUCGUCCCUCAACCCGGUCAUCUACGCGUUCAACGCGGAUUUCAGAGACGCGUUCUUGCGCCUGUUGCGCUGCCGCGGACGUCGCUGCUUGGCGGCGGUGAGCGCAGCGGUGGAGACGAUGAUGGCGAGCAACGAGGCCGUGAACCCGAAGCGAGAGAGCCCGCUGAAGGUGAGGCUGGACGCCUCCUGUGUCACUAACACCAGAGGGAGUGAGGACAGCGGGAACACCACGAUGACUGUGUUUUACCACAGAGGGACAACCUCAGAGCAGGUGAUGGACACCGAGGACAGAAACGACAAGGACAGGCUGACGCAGAUACCCAUAUGAGUGACAUGGAUCAGAGUAGACAGUUGAAGGGUCAGAGAGCAGAUCCAACUCUGGUUGUACCGGAGAAGGAAAAAGCAAGAUUGAAGCAGAAAGAAGUUUGCACUUUAGUAAGUCUCAGUCAAACAUGCAGGCAAUAAAUCUACCUUAGGUGACCAAAUACAGAACACAUAGGCUAUAAGCUCUGAUUAUGCCACAUCUGAAAAUCGUGUGAUGUUGUUCUCUCUUCGGGUUUCAUAUUUGGGAUAAUUGUAGACAGAACUGGUGUUUAAGCGAUAAAUAGCUUCAGAUUUAAGUACUACUAUAAGUAAAAAUACUCUAAAGCAAAAUCAGUCUGCAGAUACCGACUGCAUUUUUGGUUGCUUCAGUUCAUUGAAAAUUAAUUCGAAUGUUGAACAGAUACUUUCCUUCUUGCUUUACUUAGUCGAUUCAAAACCGAGCUGUAGGAGCCUGCAGGAUGGUUGGCGCCUUGAAUCAGGCCUGGAGAGGUGCAGUCAUUUCUCUCAUUUUUAGUGAAAGUGGAUGGAUGCUAAAACGCAAAAUUUGUCAUUGCUGAAUUUAUUUUUUUUUAGCAAAGAAGGGAGAAUAUUUUUGCCCUUUUAACUUUUAAAAAACUAUAAUUUAGCAGACCAAUGUACUUGUGAAGACAGGAUCUUUUAUUUUUUUUUGCAGUGUGACCAUUCAAGGUCAAAUAUUAAGCUUUGCUCACUCCCUCUCCUCGCCCGGGAGAGAGAGAUUUAUCAGAGGUCAGGAUUUCUUUGAAUCUCUAGAAAUGGGAUUAUAUAACUAACUCACAUUUGCACCCGUCAGCUUUGCAUCUUGGUGGAUGCACUGUGCACUCCAUUUCCCCCCCUACCUCCUGAAAGAAACAAUCAUGAAUAAUUUGUAAAGGUUGUUCCUGCGAAAGAUGCCCUGACCAGUGAGAACACUGAAGCUUUUACGGUGACAACACUCAGAAACAUAAGAUGUGAUUCAAAGGUUGAUGCAGGAAUGGAGAAAAAACAACAGAGGCUUGCAGUCUCAUAUUCUGUUCUGCGAUGAACUUUUUACAUAUUAACCUCCGGUAAUUUUUGUUUAAUGAGUCUUCCUUGUUGCUGUUAAAUACGGAAGCCCGUCUUGUAACCUCAAGGAGCCACAAGCCUUAAUGGAACCACUAUGAUUCCCAUAUUUUUUGUUCAGUAUUGUACACUUUAAAGAAAUAAUUCAAGAUUUUGGAAACUUUUCUGUUUCUUGCUGAGCAUUAAAUAAAGAUUGAUAUCACUCAUAUUUAGUCUAGUAAAUAUCAUGAACCAGCAACCAGAGAGCUGAGCUCAGCAUGAAGAAGUAACACAAUCUACUUACCGACUCCUCUAAAGUCACUCACCUGCUGUUUAAAGUAUACAAUCUGAAAUAGUGCGGUGUCUUUGAGUCUUACUGUCACUACCAGGUUUCUAGGCAACAAGCCCAGACAGUAACUCAGUGUAUCUGGCUAAGAAUAGUCUGGAACUUAUAUAGCCACUGAAAAAAACACGAUUUGUUGCUUUUACACUUUUUGUCGUAUGGACUAAGCAAACAUAUCUUUGGACAGGGGCAGGCAACCUGAUUCACUUAUUGUACUCAUGUUAUUCAUGUGUAUGGUUAGUUUGUCAGACAAUGUUGUUUAUACAAUCAGCAUUACAACGAUCCAGAGUAGCAGCGUGAAAAUGGCUCUGAAGUGACUGCUGGUUUCAGUCACUAUUUCACACUUGUUCUGUUGCCUGACAGCAGAAAUAGAAGAAUAUUAAAGUGAAACAGCUUUAUUGCUAUAACAGCUAUAUUAGGAAUGUGGCUGCGUUAAAAUGUAGUAAAUGUGAGCAGGAGAGAAGCAAGCAGAUGUGAACAUUGAAGGAAUUUAUGUUGCAAGGAAGCACAAAUGAUGACAUGAAAACAAAGUAACCUACACACAGUCCUUGUUUAUUCAUGUCAAACUUGUAAUGACUUUCCACCAUUUCUGAAUGAUCGUUAAUUUCCAAAGAGCUGUGGCCGUAUGAUCAUAACUAAUAGGAACAGUAGCCACAUGAAGCACAAUGUGGUGAUACUAAGGUUCUUCAUGCUCUUGUGGGGUAAUUGCCAUCAAAAAAGGACUCUAGCGUUCAAAAGUUUGUGGUCAUCCAGACAAUUUCCAAUUUCAUGUUUUCCAUGAAAAUUCACACUUUCAUUCAUAUGCUAACAUAACUGCACAAGGGUUUUCUAACCAUCAAUUAGCCUUUCAACAGCAUUAGCUAACACAAUGUAGCAUUAGAACACGGGAGUGAUGGUUGCUGGAAAUGUUCCUCUGUACCCCUAUGGAGAUGUUCCAUUAAAAAUCAGCUGUUUCCAUCUAGAAUAGUCAUUUACCACAUUAACAAUAUCUAGAUUGUAUUUCUGAUUCAUUUAAUGUUAUCUUAAUUGAAAAAAACUGCUUUUCUUUCAAAAAUGAAGACAUUUCUGAGUGACCCCAAACUUUUGAACGGUAUUGUAUGUAAUCCACUGAUAGAUCCUUAGAUGCUGGGAGUGCAUAUAGACUCUUGUAUUCAUUUUUUCAGCCAACAGCGAAACUUUUCUUUGCUUUGAGAGGCAGCUGCUCCUCCUGAAUGGCUCACCUGGAAGCAGCAAGCAGUAAGGGGGCAGGAUUAGUCAAACUUUGUGCUAGAAGAACAUUGGCUCCUCUGUUGAAAUGUAGCGACUGAUAAAGCUCUUACUGCCAUUUAAAGCUUGGAGGCUAUCCAAUAAUGUAUUUAUACAGAGUAUAAGCGUUUUUCUUGACACCCAAGGACACUUUACAAAAAUCUACUUGUAUGUGAUAAGAUUAAUGGCAGAAAUAAAAGUCUUUGUGUCUUCACAGAUCAUAACACUCACAACAGUCACUAGAGAAAAAUAGAUUUGUACCAUAUGGUAGCUAUUAAAGCAAUAGUUUGACAUUUCAAAUAGAACUAAACCUUAGAUUAUACAUUGGGCCUGCUCAGAAACAUUGCAGUUUCCUUUGCUAUGCUUACGUUUGUUUUCAUUAAUGUUUCAAACCUGCCUCUUGAAAGGAAUUAAUGAACCAAUCAGGAUUUGUGACAUACAGCUCCUACCAAUGCCUUAUUGAAAUUUGUUGCAUGUGUGCUAGCUUCUCUGUGAGACUCUGUGGCUUUGUGUAUCACUGGAGAAGCAUAAUGAAGGCAUUAAGGCUCAUGUCUGUGGUAAAAAUAAAACUACUGCAUUCUAGCUCACAUAAAGGCUGGAAGAGGAACUCUGUAGAAAAGGGUGAAGUUAAAGAACAUUAUUUUUGCGUUUUUGAUUGUAAAUGCAUUUUAAAAAAUGUUAACCUAUUUUUUUUAAUUUACAGCAACAAUUAAUAGCUAGUCUUGAUGUCUAGUGGCAGUGAAAAUAUAUGAAGUAAACACAGUUUAUCUGUAGAGCCACCAGCGAUAACAUGUUUGUGUCUGUAAUGCGGAACUUGGAAAACAGUCUAUUGUGUAAUUGUUUCCACAGGGGAAAUAGGUGCAUCUUUAUGGUAUUCGUGGUGUAAUGGGCUUUUAUCCUACAUAGGACAUCCAUCAGCUGCAGGCGUGCAGUGUGUGUAAGAACAGUCACCAUACCAAAGAAGAUUAAUUAAACAAAGGUCAAAUACAUUUUUUAAAUGUGAGGAUGCAGGCUACUGAGUUUGGAAAGUCUUCACAGAUCUGACUGGAAGUCAGUUCAUGGUAAAGAGAUUACAUCAUUUAAUAAUGACUGACAAAUGUCUCUCCUUAUUUUAUUCUUGUUUCACCCAAAAGGAGCUUAUUGCAUUAACAUUCCUACCAGGGUAUUUUGCAGAGGGAAGCUUUUUGUGGGCCACACCUGCCCGCAUUCAAUGUGUCAGACUAAAGUGAGCCCUCGAGGCUGCAGGAAAAUCAGAGCAAGUGAAGACGAGAGAGCGUUUCAGAGGGAAGUUUUAAUCGAUUUGUGUGGUUCAGGUGGGAAAAUUCAUCUAACAAAGGUGACUUGUGUCCUGAGGCCUCAGCAUACAGGGAAUUUUAAGUGGGGAGUGAGCAAAUGUUACUUACAAAUAAUAUUCAUAUUAAAUAAGUUUGGCCAGCCAUGGGCAAAUGACAUGUUUUAUCGAUUUUUUUUUUUUUUUUUUUUUCAAGUAAAGCGAAGAAAAUGCAGCCUUUGCAGCAAGCAGACAUGACAAAUGAGGCCCUUUUUAAAUGUUAAUUCACUGUUACUUAGAAAAAAAAUAAACAGUAAUUGUGACAAAGUGUACUCCUCUGCUUGUUAAGCCUGAGAACUUCAUUGUUAGGCAGCACUACCAAAUAUUUUCCAAGAAUAAAAACAAGAGUUAAAGGGAACUCUGGAAAAAUAAAGUUACAGUAAAUUUGUGUUGCACAGUUUUCUUGUAUAAUUUCUUGUUGUUGACCUUGGGGCCAUCUUAUUUCAAUCUCUUAGGCCAGUUUUCCAGAACUUCUUGACUUGUGACUCCUUGAAAUGAAGCAAUGUUGAUGCAAUUUCUAUGUAUUGCAGCCCCUUUACAAUUUGUAUUGCAAAACAAAGAUUUGAUCUUCUUUCCUAUAUCACAUGACCACUCAGAUUUAUCCUGUCGAUCCCCUGAAACAGUCACAGCAUCUAGAUUGUUAAUGCAUACAUGUAGAAUGAAUCUGAAUGAAAUUGAUGUAUAAUCACAUCAGUUUGUAGGUUCUUUGUACCUAUCCAUUCAGUCUGAUAAGACAUGCCUUUAGAAACUUAAAUUUGAUGGAAAAGUUGUUUUCCAAAGUUAAAACGAACAAAAAAAAAAUCAUCUUGCAAAUGUCCAUAUUAGAAUGUGCAUGUAUGUCAAAUACAUAGACUGCGAUCUAUAUUUAUUUUCUCUUAUCCAGUUGGCGAAAUCUUUUGUCUGAAUCUGAAAGACCUGAUAAUCCCCUUUGGUCUCAUUUAGGCAUCAGAUCAUGUUGUUACAUUAUUUGCUGCAAUAAUCCUCAUACUACAGAGAGAGAGGUCCAUGGUCUCUGCAUUACUACAGAUUCAUGAGGAAAACAGAUUUACAGCUUUACUUACAAUCAUGUCAACAUGAAUCUUAUAUCCUAUUUGUUCUUUGUAUUUUGUGUUUGGGAACUCCCUGAGCAAGUCUGACAUGUAAACACUGUAUAUUGUGUGAAAGAAUUAGUUCAGACAAGACUGAAAAAGGAAAAAGCAGAGGAAAGUGUGAGGAUGUUUGUGUGUGAGAGUAAACUCUGAACUACGAAUGAAAGUAAAUGAGGAUUUAGGGGUGAAAUGUGGAGAUUUUUUGGGUCGGGGGAAAUCCAAGUGCACAGAAAAGUUACUGGGACACAUACAGAGAAGGAAAAAGUUGCUCAGCAGCAAACCAAAUCAGAUUUAGCACUCCCUUUAGUGAACAUUAACAAUUAUUGCUAUUAGCCAUUCUUACAUUUUAUAUUUUGACCAACAAAGUAGAUUGUCUCACCAGUAAAUAAUAAUUUUGACAUAUGUUGCAGACACACAGAAGACAUCAUUGCCUCACUGUAUUUUCUAACGUUAUAAUUCACUUAUCAAGUCAUUUCUACAAAAUUCAAACUAUAGAGUACAAAGACCUAAAGAGGCUAUCUGUUGUUGUAGAUUAUUAGUAUCCAUGUGUACGGAAUUCUGAAAGCUCAGCAUCUAAACCCUUGUAAGUGUUGUAAUAUGUGGGAGAUUAGAUGUUGGGCCUCAUGACGGAUAAAAUGAAAAUUCAUGGAUUUCACAAAACACCAGAAUGUGAACUGGAUUUAAAACAGCUGUAGAAUAAAAUACAAAUAU